AUGGCGCAUGACGUUAGUAUAUCUGGUUCCAUUGCAACUGGCUUCAUCGUUACCACUAUAAUGCUACUAUGCCCUCUUUUCUACAAAUUACUACAGGUAAGUGAAAUCUGACAAGCAGUGAAUAUCUUCUCUAGGACACGGCGGUGAGAUGAGGUGUUUCGAUACAGUUUUUGGGAGACCAUACCGAUGUUUUUGAAUUUCAAUCACCUUAAAAGUGAUUUUAUCCUUGUUCGAUCGCUACGAAGUUUCACUAGUGAUUGACUGUGAAAUGAAGUUUGUCAAAAUACAGUUUUUAUGAAACUUGAUAUCACCAUAGUUAUUAGAGGAGACUGGUUAUGAAAAGCGGCAAACAUCAAUGAUAAAAACAACAGUGCUGCAGUUUAUGUUGGAAGCACCCUGAAAGUGCACGAUCCUUUGUUUUCUGUUGGCAAAUUGUUACGGAAUAAAUUAAUGCAACGUUUUUAUUGGUCAAUACAAUCAAAAUGAUAGGAAUUCUUUUGAACGUUGUGCACUUUCAGGUCCACAAAAACAUAUAAAAAAGGAGUCUGACGGGUUUCAUAACCAUUCCACUCAAUUAACUAUGAUAUCACUAUGACAACAGUAAAAAAAAAAAAAACCUUUGGAAUCGAUACUGAAAUCCUAAUCUUGCGCGAUCUAGACCUGCUUCUGAAAAUCCCCACGCCAGGAACCUGAAGUGUGGUGUUUAGUAAAGAACCUCUGCGAGAACUUAAAAAUUCUGUAUGUUUGAAUCCAAAUAAAACGCAAAUAUAUUUCCAACCUUAUAUUUUCAAUAGCCGGGAUAAAAUGUUUAAUAAAAAAGUUCCAAAUAACUCACAUUAAUCUUAAGUAGCGUCAGAAGGCUGCUUAAUAUUUUCCGAUGCUGGGAUAUUUUGGUGUAUUUUCUUUCUUGUGAUCCUGAAAACUAACAACCUGUUUUCUCACCACCUAUCUAGGUAGCUCUAAGUGCAACUUUACUCAAAAUUUUGGCUUUUAGCGCUUUUCUGUCUUAUCUCUAAAACGGCUCGACAGAAUUCUUUUUAAAUCUCAUCACAUAAUCUAGCUUAAUCUUCAUGAUGUAUAUAACAAUGUAUGAAACUUUCAUCAAGUUUGAUUCACUGCAACAUCUUGAAAUUUCAAGAGAAACCUAGCGUACGAACCGGCCAAAAAUCCGCGUUACAACAUUCACUGUUUUGCAUAUUUUGAACGUAAAACAUUAACAAUUUUCACAUUGAAAUGUACUAGCCAUGGAGGUAUGUAUGGUGAGCAUUAAUUUGGAAGAAUUAGCAUAACGUCGGACAAGGACAAAAUCACUUUAAAGGCGAUUGAAAAACGUCGGUAUGUUAUCCGAAAAACUGUAUCGAAACUCCAUACGAAACCAAACUCGUCCCCAGGGCGCUUUCCCCUGGCUUUGAAGGUGGGGCGCGACAGCGACAGCGCCCUUCCUUCAAAGCCAGGGAAAAGCGCCCUGGGCACGAGGUUGAUAAGAGACAACCAAGCCUCUGGAAAAAUCGCCAGUUUCGAUGCGAGAUUAUUAGUAUCUGCACACGAAACACGAGAAUACUUCAGAUAUAAAACCGGUGGUUUCGCAAGGUACAACAGUAAGACUUGCACAAUAAACAGCUAGGAAAUAAGCACGAAUUGGUCCGAAUGCGAUGAAUCAUUCAGACCGGUAGCCUUAUCACAUCACCUUGUAACGAAUUGAAGGCCUUUUCAUGUCAGUGACACACUCCUCUCGUACCUCCAAUGAUUAGUCUUUCUUGAUUGCUUUCUAUUCUUCGUGAGGCAAUUACGGACUUUGCAGCACCCGGUGAUGGGGGCGCUGAAGGGAAACCUGACCCUGUUUAAGAGAAAAAUCGUACAUUCAUUUCCAGUCUACCUUGUUUGAGACAAGAACCUCAUCAAUUAAUGACCGUCAUUCAUAUCGCUUCGCAUACAUAAUUAAACCAAGAUCAUGGAUUUAGAUUUUUUGGCAGUGCUAGGUUUUAGAGAAACUUUGAGAAAAUACCAACAUUUUAUUUUCAAAAUGACCGGUAUGGCCGGCCAGUUCUAACUUUUAUUAAAAAUAAGGAUAGUGUUCCCGGGAUUGUCAUAGUGUUGUUUAAAUUACGAGAAAGUAAAUUCUUCGAAGGAAUUCAGGAAUGCACUGACAUGAGAAUUAUUUCUGGCGAAUUUUUCUUCAGAGAAACAUGACAAUCUUGACGAGUUUAAGCAAUCUUUCUUCGUUUCCAAUCCUUUUCCGAUUGUCCCCAGACUCAAAGACAACCGAAUCAUAUAAAGUGCCUCAAUCCAAGGCGUUUCCAUUGUUCCAAAUACAUUUUUGAGAUCUCCAGUUUGUGUGUAGUUACAUCUAUGUGAUUAACGCGUAAACAGAGGGGAUGCUUAGGAGAACGGGGUCCUUUUCCAUACAGUGCAUGUGAAAAGCAGCCAAGCAAUUGACGAGUUUCUUGAACCUCAUUUUAAAUUAAUAGACUCGCCUGUGUUAAAACAUCGAAUGAUAAACAUUUCCUAACGUUUAUCUGAAUACCGUUCAUCUUUAUUAUCUCGACUGUAGCUUUGUUUGGUUUAUCUGCGUGUACCAUGGAAGAACGCUGAAGGAAAGAGAAUGUCAGGCGAGCUACCUAGACUGCCUUGGGGACAUUUCAAUCAAGUCAACUUCUUUGGGAGACCUUUGUCUAAAAAACACGGACCAAUUUAUUACAUUUGGCACUGUUUUACGCCUGUUGUGUGAGUAGCAUUUUAAGCUAUGAGGCAUACUUAAUAACUGAAACGAAACUCCACUUGUUUUGUUUUUGUUUUUAAAGCAGAAUUUUCUCAGUCGGUUGAGCGUUUGACCGCUCAGCAGGGGUUGCGGGUUCGAAUUCAGGGGCCGAAGAAUGGUGGUCUCGUCUCCUGGUAGGAGACGCAAAAACGGUGUGUCUAAGCUUUUGAGCUAAAUACAUUGACACUAAUAAAAUGCGCAUUUUUUGUCAGUUCAGUAAACUUUUUCAUCUACCAGGAGAAUCAUUAAUCUCAAUUAUCUGCAUGUGGCAGACGCAAGGCUUUGGCUCCGAGGCUAUAAACAGAGUCUCCCUUUUUCAUAAAAGCACCUCUCCACGGAGUCAUACUCACACGAAUGCUGAAUGCUGCAUAGUGGCAAAGGCUUCAACUUAUACUUUAUGUUAGGAUUAUCUUCCAUUCCGUGUCUUAGCUUCCCAUCCAUAUUCAGUAAUACCCCGACGAAAUGCCGGGGGGUUAAGAAAAAUAUUCGUUGUAGCUUAACGGGGGUACGGGGCCCUAUUCCUCACAUUUUAUUAUAACGGGGGUGAAAAAUAUCAUUAUAAGUUUAUAGCGGAAUGUUGUUUGAAGAAGUAGAGGCGUUAGAAAGGAAUUUUCACAGUUGUCAGUUGUAAAUUAUCAUAUUUUGUCUUUUUUUAGAAUCUUAGCUGACGCCAAAGCCAUUCGAACUUUCUACGCCGAUCACUACUCCCAUCAGCGGGAACGGAAUUUCACUUGUCUCGGAGCCGUGUUCAAAGAUAUACUAGGCAAUUGCUUAGCAACAAGUCAUGGAAGAGACGAAGUUAAGAGAUGUCGAGGACCUUUUGAGAAACACUUUUCUACAGAUGUCGUGUGCGAUACCCUAAAAAUCAUCGGGCUGGAAUGCAAGACCUUUUUGGAAACCUUACCUGUUGGUAAACCCGUAGAUCUUCAAGAAGCUGGACUAGCGAAUGUCACACUUCGAGUUUUAGUCCAUGUGGUUUAUGGAAAUCAGGUCCUGCAGAGAUAUUUUCAGCGUAUUGUAGAACUGAGUGAUUUGCUGCAAGCCGCAGUAGACAUGUUUAAUGUUGGUGAAACAAGGUUACCUUUUUAUUCACUUCUGCCGACAAAAGCCAACCAAAAAGCUCGUUCUUUUAACGAAGCCUGGGAUGAUUUCAAUCGAUUCUUGUUUAAGGAAUAUGAAGAGGGGCGUCUUAAUGCUGGCGAUGGGUUUUUCUUUGGCAUGAUGGAACAACUGAAAACUCGCGCUCUAGAAAUAGAUGAAAAAGAGGUAUGUCAACAAGAUCUCAUGACUAGCACGCUAAAACUAAUCUAUAGUUGUCGAGGGCCAAGGCAAAAAGCGAAGCUCUGGAGGAAGCUUUUAAAAAGCGUCCUUCUCAAGUAAUUCCACGUUUGCCGUAAGCAGAAAGCAAACUGACAGAAUUCCACCUUAAGAAUGGACCUGAGCUCGCGAUCAAUUCAAUUCAAUUCAAUUUUAUUCACACUUUUAUAAAAUAUUUACAUUAUAUAUAGUACGGUAAGAGGAGAAGACUCGGAAGGAAAAAAGAAAAUUAAUGCAUGGCUUGGAUAGAAGUGUACGGUGGUCAGAGGAGCUUAGCUUUCGAGCUAACUAGAUAGCAUUUUUAAACUCAAAAUCUCCUUGCUAGCUCACAAAAUGUCACAAAAUGAAGCCAAUAUCCCUGAAGUGUUUCAAAACUACCUCGUAAAGGUGUCUGAUAUUCACUCACACAAUACCAGAAAUGCCUCAAAUCUUAACUUUCAUGUACCACGAUUAAGGUCAAAUUACCGAGUUUGCCAUAACCAAAACUUGGGAAGAGAUUCCUACUAAGAUAAAGACACUUAGCUACCAUAAGUUCAAAAAAGAAUACAAGCGAAUUCUAGUUAACUCUCAAAGGUAACAAUGUAUUAUGACUGUUUCAAAUAAAAUGACCUCUGACAUAAUCGUCCAUAGUUGCCUUGGCACCAAGCGCACAUUUAUUAUGUAUUUCCACUCAUAAUACAGCGGUAUGUUAAAUAUAUCUAGAAGUUUGAGGUAGGGUGCACUACUUUCUCUAUUAUGGCUAAAAAAUAUACAGCGUAUACAUUUAUUUUGUUUUGUUUGAACUUUAGUUAAUCUACUUGGGUAUGUGUUUCUCCAACUCAUAAUUCCAUGGUGAAGGUAGGGGUAGAUAAGUGAGCAAUGUAUUUGUUUGAGGGUGUUUUAAGUUAAGAAAUGGCGUAACCUGAAAAGGAUUCCCAAGUUUUUAGAUAUUGUGCUGUUUAUGUGCUGAAUGUGGAGAGCCCAAUUAGUAGGAUACCUAGAUAUUUGAUGUAGUUCUUUUCUUCAAUAUUGCGUAAGUUAAGUUUCAGUUUAUUUGCUUUUUGGGGGGAGGGGAUUGUCAUAUAGUAGGUUUUCUUAAAGUUUACAGAAAGUUUCCGAGUAGUACCUAAGAAGAUGGUUGAAUUCCUCAUUAAAUUAUAGUUUUUUCAAGGUCCUGUAGAGAGUUGGAAGAGUAGAAUAGAGUGCAUGGUGUCAUCAGCAAAUGUUCUAAUAUUUGCCUUUUCUAAACAAUUGGGUAUGUCAUUGAUACAUAUCAAAAACAGAAGUGGGCCAAGGAUAGAACCUUGUAGUACACAACAUUGGAUAGAAAGUGGGUUUGAUUUAACAUUUUCAACUUCAACAUACUGUGUUCUGCUUUUGAGAUAACUUUUAAACCACUGGAGAGGGACACCACGGAUCCCGUAUCUGUAUAAUUUCUAUAGUAGGAUCUGAUUGUUGACAGUAUCAAAGGCUUUAGAUAGGUCAAGAAAAAUACUGCAGAUAGCUUCAUUGCUGUCAAUUUUCAUUUAAAGACUGUCAGUGAGUUCAAGAAUUGCUUGCUCGGUAGAAUAAUUUUCCUUGACGCCAAACUGGUGUUUAAAUAGAGUGUUUUCGUUUUCUAGGAAAUGAUUUAGCUGAUUGUACACUAGUCUUUCAAGGAUUUUAGCAAUUGAAAGCCAAUAACUGGUCAGCGGAUAACUUUAAAAAUACGUGCCCUCAAUAACUUGUAUACCUGAGUCCAGAUACCAUCACGAGACACUGGUCAGCGGCUACCCUUUUUAGACGGCUGUCAAUUGACCGUAACGUGGAUGUCCUAUGUCAAGUAGGUUGUUGAAUUGAGAAAAUAGGGUUCUCCUUUUCACUGCAACUGAACUGAUAUGUUUCAGCCCCUUAAGUUUGCUUACAUCAUUAAGAGAAAAUUCUCUCUUGCUAUAACAAUAUCGGAUGUGGUUGAGGUUUUGUUGGAAAAAGGAAGUAAAGGGACAUUGAAAGAAUAACAAAUAACAAACAGAUUGUGGUAACUUUAACAACUGAUAUGUCGAAGGCCUUUGACUCCAUGCAUUCAGCUCUGUUGCUGAGUAAACUCAGAGCGUAUGGUUUCCAAGAAAGCCUAAUUAGACUGUUGCGUAGCUACUUAUGCGACUGUUAUAACGGAAUUGAAGCUGGCAUCUCAAAGAAGUUCUUGGAGAAGAGUUAACCGUGGCUGUCCCGAAGGUUCUGCGUUCGACAAGACACUGAAAGAACUGAAAACAGAGCGGGAUUGUAGCCAUAGACAGCUGUUUCGCUAUUGUUGUAGCUCUUCAAUAUGGUGUAACAACCAGAGAAAGCUCAGCUGAAAAAUCACCCGCACACUCUGAUUUAUAAUUAGGCCCUAACCCAGAGACGUGAUUAUCACAACUAAAUACUGCAGAGGAAAUUCCACAAAAUUCCCAAAUCGCCGUAACAAAUUACGGGAGUGGGCAUUGCCCUCAGCGGUUAGCACCAGUCGUUUUAGUCCAUGUGGUCUUUGUUUUAGUCCAUGAGGUCUUCGUUUUAGGCCAUAAGGGCCUUCGUUUUAGUCCAUUGGGUCUUCGUUUUAGUCCAAGGGGUCUUCGUUUUAGUCCAAGUGGUCUUUGUUUUAGUCCAUGGGGUCUUCGUUUUAGUCCAUGGGGUCUUAGGUCUUAGGUCUUCGUUUUUGGGUCUUCGUUUUAGAAACACCCGCCACAGACAGAUGUUAACGAGAGUGUAAGCUGAUUAAAGGUUUCACUGCCUGUUACGAGACGCAAACAGCUCUUAAGAUCAUUCAGUCAAUCCAUUGAAUAGAAAGUGUUAAGGAUAUACUCUAUUCCCCCCACCCUCUCCCAAAAAGAAAGAAAACCGCUGGCAGCCGUGAAGGUCGUCUGCCUGACAGCCGUUUUUAGUGUCGUCACGCAACGCUCCUCCCCACUUAGUGGGGAGGAGCGUUGCGUGACGACACUAAAAACGGCUGAGUAGCAGUCUACCGUGAAGGGAGGGCAAAGCAAAAUUCAUGUAUGUAGUGGUGUUUUAUAUAACUUUUUUCUCAGCUAGGAAACACUUUGGUUUAUUGGGUAAAUCGCCAUUUAGAGACGUCCCUCCACUGAGCCUGAGAGAAGCGCCCAGGUUAAUUUAUGAUGUUCAAACAAAAGGAGAAAUGAUAACGCAGAGGUCAUUAGUUAUAGAGGUACAACUUCUUCCCCGUUCCUUUUGAUGCUUGUGCAGCAUGCUUUCCUUAUUUUCCUCAAUAUAUCGUACUUUCUAGCUUUUCCAUUCUGUGGAUGAGAUCCUUCUUUUAAACGUCGAUGUCAGUUUUGCAGCCACGUCCUUUGCACUAGCAGACCUCGCCCAAUACAAGGACACCCAAGAGAAAGUUCAACAAGAAAUAGACGAGGUCCUCCGGGGAGAGGAUCCGAGCUCCUUCUCAGACUUGGACAAGAAACUACCAUAUAUGGAGAUGGUAUUGAAAGAAAGUGCGAGAAUGCACCCAGCGUUGGCGCUAAGCUUGCCUGAAAGGACAGUAAAGCAAGUGACUGAUGUGGGAGGAUUCCAGAUUCCUAAAGGGGUGAGAGUAUGACUUUGUCUGUUUUUUUUUGUUGUUGUGUCAAACAAUUGCACACCCGUUACCACCCUGGUGUGGACCAAUACUACCAGACAUUAAGCUUCAAAGGUACGCGCUGCAAGAAGGCGGGCGCAAUUUUGGUUUUCGAGUUGCUCAGUCACAAUUGGGUUACUUUUCUUGUAUUGUGAUCCUUCCCGUAAGGGUAUCCUGGGUACCAGAGGUUUCAAUUCUCGGUUUGGGCCGAUGCUAGUCUGUGCCCAGCAUUUUGUUUGAGGGGAGGGGGUGGCGCUGUACAAAGCAGGCUACCGAAACAGGUACCCCAUCUUGUGAAUUUUCUGGCACCAAGGGUAUCGAUAUAACGAACAUCUAUAUAACGAAGUCCUCGACAUAAAUAACGAUUUUCUUUGCCCCGUAGUAGUAGUAAGAUAUAAAAGAAAACGAUGGUCGAUAUAACGAAACCCUUAUAGCAAAUAAAUUUUGCCAGUCCCAGUCUUUGCACUGAGUUAUAUUGAAGCUCCACUGUAUGAGGUUUCUUUGGACCUCAUGAUCUCAAUCGCGGUACCUUAACGUCGCGUAGUAGUUUUCUUUUUUAUUUCAGAGCACUUUGUAGUUUUGUCUUGUGAUCCUUAAAGAGGCCUAACCGUCGUAGAAUGACUCAAGAUUUUUCUCCCAAAUAAAUAGCUAACUGCUGGUUCACCAAGAAAGGCAAACGAAUAUUAGCGCUUUUUCCUAGAUACUGAAUGUUGCAAUCGCAUUUGCGUCUUGAGAGGGCAAAGACAACAACAAUUUAUCUUUUAAAUUAGUGCUGAGCGAAGGAUUCAACAUAUACGAGUUCAUCUCAAGGGUGCUGCAUGGGUUUACUAACUUCUAACUGAAAAUAAUUGUUUUUCUUUCUUCUUGCUGCAGACGCCAGUUUGCGUAGAUACCUAUUCCCUGAACUUCUCUGAGCAGUUUUGGGAAAAUCCUGAGAAAUUUUACCCGGAACGGUUUUCUAAUGGCAUGAAACACGUAGCCGGUUCUUUUUUUCGCUUUGGACUGGGUCCCCGGAAGUGCCUCGGGUAUCGGUAUGCCCUAGCGAUUACUCGUUUGGUGGUGGCGUCAGUUUUGCAGAGGUUCACACUUGAACUGGCCCAACCCAGUGGUGACCUGACAAGAGUAAAGGCCAAGGGAAUGACCUUUUUCACACCAUACCUGAGUCCAACUAUAAUAUUUCAUGAACGAAAAUGA